AUGGAGUCCUCGCCAGAUGACCACCACGAUGACUCGGCCGGCGGCAUUCCCAAAGCCAAGAAGUACGAGCUCGGCGGCGACAAGCGCAAGCCCUACACCAAGGCCGUCGUGCAGGCCAUGCAGCUCCGCAUCGACACGCUCGAGGCCCAACUCGCCGCCCUGACCGCCGGCAGCAGACCGCCCUCGCCCGACAUGGACCUCGACCGCCCGAGCAAGAGCCCGCUCGAGCUCGCCGUCGACUCGGCGAGAGCGCAACCGCCGCCCGACCGCCCCGGAACGAGCAGGCCGACUGUGACGGGCCCGACGAGCCAAAGCUUUGCCGAGGGCUCGGCGCCGCAGGUCAACCCGAACCCGGACCAGGCCGACACGUUCCAGGGCGGCCUCGCCGUCAACGCUCACGGCGAGCUACGCUUCUACGGCCCGACCUCUUCGUACCGCGCCGUCCUCGCCGGCUCGACCUCGUCCCUCGACGCGCCCGAGACGGUCAACGCGAUCCGCGCCUUCUCGCUCACGCGUGCCCCGAUCCCGACAGCGUCACCGGCCGACCCGGCGCUCCCUCGACGACCGCCCGAGCUCGCGCCCGACUUCAAGGUCAAGCUCCUCAAGCUCGCGUUCGAGUACUGCUUCUCGCAUUAUUCUAUCGUGCCCGAGCGGCAGUUCUUCGCCGACUGGCAGCGCUACCCCCUCGAGCGCACACAGUCUUACUCGCCGUUCCUCCUCAACGUCACGCUCGCGGUCGGCUGCCGGUACCUCGGCUCGGACGACGACUACCCGCCCGAGAUCUGCGGCCUGCUCGGCGACUUUGACACGAGGGGCGACGUGUUCGUCACCUGGAGCAGGUACUUGCUCGACCAGGAAUGGUACAACCCGACCCUGUCGACUAUCCGAGGCCUACUCGUUCUCGGCCUCUACCUCGCAGGGCGUGGCUUCGACGGCCCUUGCUUCAUGUUCGUCGGGCUCGCCCUCAAGCUCACCGAGGACUUUGGCCUCAACCUCGGUCCACAUCGCCUGUCGAUCAACAUGGGCAUGCCGCUCAGCGACGAGCUCAUCACGGCGCGGCGGGCGUGCUUCUGGUCCGCGUUCUGCUCCGACAUCGUUUCGUCCAUGUACAUCGGUCGCAGCAUCGCGUUCCCGCCCGAGAUGGUCGACACGGACCCGCCGCCCGUCGUUGCCGAGCUCGACUACGACUCGCCGAUGUACCGCUCGAGCGCGUUCCACUGGGCAAGCCGCCUCAUCUUUAUCGCGAGCAAGGUCAUGUCGAGGGUCUACUCGCUAAAGCCCGGCAUCAGCCUCGCCCAACGGCAGGCCAUGGUCCCCGAGCUGCACCUGCUUCUCGAGAGCUGGCAUCAUGAGCUCCCGUCGCAUCUGCGCGCGAGCGGCUCGGACCCGCUCAAGGCGCCGCACCCGCACAUCCUCGUCCUCAACAUGACGCUGCAUCUCGUUCACAUCUCGCUUCAUCGCCCAUUCUUCCGCCGCCGCUGCCCGGCCACCUCGACGAUCAACAUCAGCACCGAGAAGUGCCUCAUGGCCGCCAGCAACAUCGUGCGCCUCGUCAAGCUCCUGCGCGGCUCGGCAGGUCUGCGCUUCUCCGCUCCCGGGGUGCAGCACGCCGCCUUCAACGCCGGCACAGUCCUCGCCAUCUCGGCCGUCGAGGACGGCAUCUCGGCCAACCCCAAGCGCGACCUCGAGCGGCGCGGGCAGGCGAGCAAGGACCUGCGCUUCAUCAUCGAGUGCCUCAAGGAGAUCGGCACGACUUGGACGACGGCGCACACGAGCGCAGGUGUCCUCGAGGCCCUCACGAGCCAGUUCGAGGCCGCCUCGCUUCCUCCAGAUCAACUACCCGUCAUCGCCGACGUGCAGUACUCGCCGUCCCUGUCGUCGACCUCGGCGUCCUCGCACGCGCCGUACCCGCUUUUCGACGACGGCGCCACCGCCGCCGUCCUCCAAAGCCUCGACCUGCCCGUCUUCCUCGACGACCAGACCCUCUCGUCACGCCCUCUUCGCGACCCCAUACCCGAGCAGCCGCCGAGCACUGGCGUCGACGGCCUCGUCGGCUCGGACGACGUCGCACCCGGCGCAGCCACGCCGACGACGGCGAGCGGGUACCAGACGCCAUCGCGGCUCUUUGGCGCCGGAUGGCUCCCGUCUGCCGCGACGGGCCUCGGUGGCGGCGACGACGACGCCGCAGCGUUCGGCGGUUCGAGCUUGCCGUUCCUGUUCCCGUCGUGGGACCGCGACGACGGGUCGGACGACUUUAUGAGCCUGCUCAACGUGCCGCAGUCGACGCCGGCGAGUGCAGCUCAGACGCCGUCCGCCGAGUCUCUCUGAGCGCACGUCCGACGGAUCGUUUUCUUCUCUACAUUUGUAGCGCGCACGCGCAAUGCAGCACUGUCUCGCCCACGA